AUGUCUAUUAGCAGCAACAACAACAACAACAACAAUACAGACUUGGCCAAGCCCCGCUUGUCUGAGGCCGAGGCCGGUGACUGGCGCAGAGUCUUUUCAGAAGCUCCCCCAUGCGUUUUUCCCCGAGCCCGCGCCGGCGAACUCUUGGCCGACACGGUCCAGUCUGGAUCCGUGCUACGGCGUCAGGUCUUUCUCCCCAAUAGCGGCCGCUCAGGUUUUGCCCUCGACACUGUGCUGCAGGCCGCCUGGGCUUUUCUAAAUGGUUCAUACUCAGAUACUGAGGACGUCGUCUUCGGCAUGGCCCUCGUCGACGAAGAAGACACAGAUGAUGGCAAACCUCACACGGCGCUCCCUUUCCGCUUUACACUGCACCCAGACCAGACGGUUGCCGAUUGCCUCGAGGCGAUAGAGGCACAAGAGCUCCCAUUGCUGUCGUCCAGCGGCGUUGACCUUGAGGCAAUUGCCGGGCUGGGACCGGAAUUGCGCGAUGCCACGCAGUUUAGAAACCAACUCGUCGUCUACCAGGCCAUGAUGGCCAGUACCGACGUGCUGCUGGACCGUCCCCUCAACGUCGAGUGCUUCCUGAAUCCUUCGGGGGUGUUGGUCCAGGCCUUUUACGACACGAGCAUCCUGUCAGGGAUCGAGGUCCGUCAGAUGCUGGCCACGUUCGAAUCUUUGAUACAACAACUCGACGACGUGUCCAACCUGGGCAAGCCGAUCGGCCAAGUUGAAGUCAUCAGCCCAGAGGACAAGAGUCAACUCCGAAAAUGGUGCGAGCAUGUGCCGCCGGCAGUGGAAAAGUGCGUGCACUGGUUGUUCCAGGAAAAGGCGCGCGAGACGCCCCGGGCCGAGGCCGUGUUUUCGAUAGCGCAGAAGGUCUCGUGGACCUACGAGCAGCUGGACACUCUGACCGACAAGCUUGCUCACCUGCUCGUGUCCAAGCGGGUCAGCCCUGGCAAGAUCGUCCCUCUGAUGUUUGAGAAGAGCGUCUGGACGGUCGUUGCGGCCAUGGCGGUGCUCAAGGCCGGCGGUGCCUUUGGGUACAUUGAGCCCAACCAGCCGUGGGAGGACGUGUCGCGGCUGCUGACGGCGUGCGAGUCGACCUUUGUGCUCUGCUCGGCAAGGUAUGAGAGCCUGCUGAGCACACACGACGUCGAAUCUGUGGUUGUCGACGAGGCGCUCCUGGCCCGCCUCCCGUCGUGCGGAUCGGUCGAAGACAUUUCUCAGCCCUCGGACACGAGCUAUUUGACCUGCACAUCUGGGUCGACGGGGCGGUCCAAGGGCAUCGUGUCGAGCCAUUCUUCAUUUUGCACCAGCAUACUGGCCCACGGCAAGGCCGAACUCUACGGUCCAGACUCGCGCUGCUUUGCCUUUUCGGCGUACAAUUUCGACGUCAGCAUCACCGACAUUUUUACUACGUUGGCCUUUGGAGGGUGCAUCUGCAUUCCAUCCGACGAGGAAAAGAUGAACGCGCUCGUGGCGACCAUACAGCGCAUGAGAGCGACCCACAUUGCCGCCACGCCGACCGUCUCGCAGUUUAUAGAUCCCGAGGACGUCCCCUUGGUGCGAACCUUCCUCACGGGCGGAGAGUUUGCCAGGCCCGAGAUCAUCAACAAGUGGGUGUCUGCCGGCAGGAACUACAUCAACAUCUUUGGCCCGGCAGAGUGCAACUCGAGAAUGGCCCACCACACGUUCAAGGUCGGGGAAAACGGCAGCUUCAUCGGCCGCCCCACCGGCUGCGUUGCCUGGAUCACCAAGAGUGACGACCCCAACGCGCUGGUGCCGCUGGGUGCCCCCGGUGAGCUCCUCGUGGAGGGAAACCUCAUCUCGGAUGGCUACCUCAAGGAGGAAGAGAAGACCGCCGCGGCUUUCAUCUCGGCUCCGGACUGGCUCGUGAGCAUGUUUCCCGACAGGUCAUGCUCGCGAUUGUACCGCACCGGUGACUUGGUGCAGUGGAUGCCAGACGGAACGCUGCGCCUCAUCGGUCGUCGGGACACGCAGAUGAAGAUUCACGGCGUGCGACUCGAGGCGGCGCACGUCGAGAUCAAACUCUCCGCAUCACUGCCGAGCGGGUCGCAGGUAGUUGUCGAGAAGAUAGUGCUUGGACGCGAGACCAAGAGGGAGAAGCUUGCCGCCUUUCUCACCCUGCCUGGCGGUUGGAACAGUGACGACAACCAAGACACGUCUCCUUCAUUUCUGGAACCUACUCCAGAUCUUUGUGACCUGCUUGCCGGCGUGCAAGACUCGAUGCUUGCCAGUCUCCCUGCCUGGAUGUGUCCGAAUCACAUCCUGCCGCUCAACAAAUUCCCGCAAGGUCAGUCCGGCAAGAUCGACAGAAAGGCCCUGCGGCAAAUGGUGGCGGACUGGUCAGAGGAGACUCUCAACCGCUUCACCGUCUCGUGCUCGGCAGGCAGCAAAGAGCCUCCGGUCGGCGCUGUGGAGAAGGCCAUAGCCGGCCUGUGGGCAGAGGUGCUUCAUCUUUCCCCCUCGUUCAUUGGUCGCCACGACACCUUCUUCCGCCUCGGUGGAGAUUCCGUUGCUGCCAUGAAGGUGGCUGCGGCUUGCAGUGGCCGUCCGGACGGUCUGCUCAUCUCGGUCGCCGACAUGUUCCGCCACCCCAGGCUGUCUGAUCUCGCUGCCAACGUAUCGAGCGACGUUGCGGUUUCAGAGAAGACUGUUGCACCGUUCGAGCUGAUUGGUGGAUCUUCAUCUCUGGAAAACUACACUCAGGCUUUGAACCUGGCCGGGAUCGACCCGUCCGCUGUCCAGGACUUGUUCCCCUGCACCGCGAUGCAGGAGGGCAUGAUGGCGGAAACGAUGCUGUCGCCAAACACGUACAAGCUCCAGCAUGUACUCAAGCUCGAUCCCUUGAUCGAUCUCCCUCGCCUGCAGGGCGCCCUCGACAGGCUGAUCAACUCGUUUGCGAUCCUCAGGACCAGGAUAAUAUUGAUGCCGCGGAUCAAGGGCGUCACGGGCAGCAGCUCGUACCAAGUCGUGGUCAAUGACUAUUCUCCCGUGCAGGCCAAGACGACGACCGGCAAGCUGAGGAAUGCUCUCGCUGCUGAGAGAGAGGCUCUCAACGUAGGGUAUGGCAACGAGCUCAGCCGGUUCGCCGUGAUUGCUGCCGAGGGAGGUAGUUGUUACCUUGCCUGGACCAUUCACCACGCAGUGACGGAUGGCUACACGUACAGUCUCAUCCUCAGGAGGCUGGAAGGAAUGUACAAUGGGGUAGAAGAACCCGUCCCACCGAAACCUUUUGCCCAUUUCGUCAAGCAUCUGCAGGAGCAAGACCAAGACAGAACCGCCCAGGCUUGGCGGCAGAUGCUCGAUGGUGGCUCCUCGGCCCAGUGGCCUGACUGCAGCGACCAAGGCCACGAACCCAUGGUGACGCGUACAAUCGCCAGCACCAUCUCCUACCCCAGCAACGAGAGCGGCUUCACCGUAUCGACCGUCAUCAGAGCAGCUUGGGCUCUCGUCCUGAGUGGCCUCGCCAAGUCCCCCGACGUCAUCAUGGGACUCACUCUUGCUGGCCGCGAUAUCGAGCUGCCGGGGGUCGACGACUGUGCAGGACCCUGUCUGACCACGGUGCCUUUCCGCGUCCUCGUUGGAGACGAGACCUGCGCAGGAAUGCUCGAGCUUGUUCAGCAGCGCUAUGCCGAGGUCGUUCCUCAUCAGCACUUUGGCAUCAAGAACAUUCGCAAGGCGCUCGGUGCGGCUUCCGACGCUUGCGAUAUUUCGAAUCUGCUCGUGAUCCAACCGGCUGGUUACCGGGCCGAUCAGGGUCUUUGGACCCAACAAGACGACCUGAGCACCGAAGAGGAGCUGAGCUUUGGGUUUACGCUGGAAUGCCUCUUGGAAUCCGAGAACAAGAUGACGGUACUGUGUGGGUUCGACCAAGAGAUGGUGUCGGAAGCCAAGGCAAGGGAGGUCUUGGAUAUGCUCUCCAUCGCAGUCAAGACCUUGACUGUUGCGCCGAACCAGGACAAACUGCUCACCGACGUUGCGGAUUUGCAGUUUGCCCAGUGCACCAAGGUUCCAAAGUUGAACGUCGGAAUGGAUGCCGUAGAGCAAUGCAUUCACUGGGCGGUCGAGGAGCAGGUUCGCUUGCGGCCGGACGCCAUCAUGAUCGACGCCUGGGACGCAAAGCUGACGUACCGCGAGGCUGACGAGUACGCGAACCGCCUGGCCGUCUUCAUGGCAGGUCUCGGCGUCGGCCCCGAGGCGAUUGUGCCUUUUGCGUUUGAGAAGAGCGCCUGGGUCACCGUAGCCAUCCUCGCCACCCUCAAGGCCGGUGGUGCCUGCGUGGCCUUGGACAUGAUGCACCCCCGUCCCAGGCUGCAGCGCAUGAUCGAGGACGUCGAGGCCAGCCUGGUGCUCUGCAGCAGGAAGCACGAGCAGACCAUCAAGACGUACAAGGGGUUCCGACACAGCAUCGUCGUCGACCGAGACUCGCUCGAUCGCCUGGCUAGCGACGAGACCUUCAGCAGCGACGUCAGGCCGAGCAACGCCGCGUGGAUCGUCUACUCCUCCGGCUCGACAGGAACCCCCAAGGCUGCAGUCCUGGAACACCGGUCGCUCGCCACCACGGCUCGUACCAACUCGGAGAUGCUCGGUUGCGGGCCCGACACGCGCGCCUUGUCGUUUUCCUCACACUCCUUUGACGUGACCAUCGAGGACAACGUCACCAUCCCCAUGUUUGGCGGCUGCAUCUGCGUCCCGUCCGACGAGGAUCGCUUCAACGACCUGACGGGCGUCAUGACGCGCAUGUCGGUCAACUGGGCCGACCUGACGCCGACCGUCGCCCGCAUGCUGUCCCCCAGCACUGUGCCCACCCUCCGCACCAUGGUUCUUGGUGGUGAGCCCCUGACCCAGGAUAUAAUCGAAACCUGGACUUCUGUCGACGGCUUCAGGCUGUAUCACACCUAUGGACCCUCGGAGUGUUCGGUGCAGUGCACUUGUUCCUUGGAGCCACUGCGGCCCGGUGCUCGCGGUAGCAACAUUGGACAUCCGAUGAACUGCAGCAUGUUCAUCGUCGAUCCGGACGACCUGGACCUUCUCAUGCCGGUGGGCGAGGCUGGAGAGAUACUCGUCGAAGGGCCUAUUGUUGGUCGUGGCUAUCUCAAGAACGAGGAGAAAACCCGUGAGGUUUUCGUUCAGGGUCUCGCAUGGGCCAAGGACCCGGCUCGCCGCUUUUACCGCACCGGCGACCUUGGCGCGCGCAACGAGGACGGCACCUUCAGCUUCGUCUCGCGAAAGGAUACCCAGAUCAAGCUCAAUGGUCAACGGGUAGAGCUGGGCGAGAUCGAGGCCGUGCUGCUCAAGACCUCGAAGCUGACCCAGGUCUGCGUCGAGGCAUUCAGCCCGCAGUCCUCGUCCAACCGGAAGAUGCUGGUCGCCUUUGUCCAACUGGAGCGUCGGUCCGGGGAUGAAAUGACAGAGACGGCCGACUCGGCCUUUGAGCUUGUGGAAAUGACGUCCUCCAUCCGCGAAAAGCUGGUCGGCAUCAAGAAGAACGCUACCGACCACCUGCCCGAGCACAUGGUUCCUUCACUCUUUGUUCCCGUCUACAGCCUGCCAGUGACGCCUUCGGGAAAGAUUGAACGCAAGGCCCUGCGAGAGCUAGCCUCCAGCUUCUCGCAACAGCAGACCUUCAUCUAUGCACUUCGAGCUGCUGCUGCUUCUGCUGCUGCUUCUGCUGCCGCCGCCGUGGAUGGCCCCGUCACCGACUCUGCAGUCGCCGAGGUUCUCGUGGAGCUCUGGGCCGACGUCCUCCAGAUCGACCUCCAGUCGCACGCCAUUGGAGGUGAGGACAGCUUCCUGGAGCUGGGAGGCGACUCCAUCGCGGCCAUGCAGCUCGUCAGCAGGGCAAAGGCGGCCGGUCUGGAGCUGUCUGUGCGCGGAAUCAUGAAGACGCCUACGCUCGCAAACAUGGUGCUGUCGGCCAAGGUCACACCCGGCGUCGAGCUACGGCCCAAGCACGCUUCGGCCUCGAAAUCUUCCAAGUACGGCCUGUCUCUUUCCAUCCCGACCCCCACGUCGGCAAUCUCCAAGAACCUGCCGACGCCUUCGCUAGCCCAGGACGAGCCUUACAAAGCCUUUUCGCUCGUUCCCGAGACGCUGAGCAGGACCACGCUGCUCAACGAGGUGCUCGAUUCGGCACUGGGCGACGAGAGACGUCUGGUCAAUGAUGUUUAUCCCUGCACCCCGCUGCAGGACAGCUUGAUGGCGUUGACGGCAAAGGACAGCACCGCCUACGUGCUGCGGGAGGUCUUUGAUCUCCCCGAGAAUACCGACGUGAAGCUCUUCAAGCAGGCCUGGUCGGACGUGGUGGCCGCCAACGACAUCCUCCGCACCCGCAUCGUCCACGUCGCCGGCCACGGUUCGUUCUCGGUUGUUCUCGACACGCCGCCGCUGGAGUGGACCGAGGCCAAGACGCUGGAUGAGUAUCUCGCCCUCGACACGGCAAAGGAGAAAGACAUGAACUACGGCACACGUUUGGUCCGCUUCGGGCUCGUAGAAAACCACGGCAAUCCUCAGUUCGUCUGGACCAUCCACCACGCUUUGUAUGAUGGGUUCUCGUACGGCCUCACGCUCGAGGCCGUCGACCAGGCCUAUCAGGGGAUGGGAGUUACCCCGACACGCCCCAUCCUUGACUUGGUCCGCUACCUCGGCCAGUUGCCGCAGGAUGGUGUCGCCGACUUUUGGACCGAGACCCUCAAGGGCUGCCAGGCAGUCCCGUUCCCGCCGGCUGCUCCGGCACAGAUCUGCGUCGCCGACAACACCGUCAGACACUCGGUCAAGUUCCGUCGGCCGCCGCGGUCCAAGUUCACUGCUGCAACGGUGCUCAAGGCCGCAUGGUCUAUUCUCAUGGCCCGCGUCUCCGAGUCCAACGACGUCGUCUAUGGUCUGACUUGUUUUGGUCGUGACGUCCCCAUCGAUGACGUCGACAUGAUCAACGGUCCGCUCUUGACAACGACGCCGGUUCGCAUGCAGGUCGAACUCGACGCAACUGUCGAAUCGUUCCUCGGGGCCGUCAAUUCACAGUCGAUCGAAGCCGGGCCUUUCUCCCACGCAGGCAUCCACAACAUCAAAAAGCUCAACGACUCCUGCCGGAGCGCCUGCGAGUUCCAGAACCUGCUCGUCAUCCAACCCGCUGCUGGCAAUGCCGACGAGGACUCGCUCUUCCGGGACCGUGCGACCCACACCACCGCCAACAUCAUCUCCGGCUUCGGUCUGGUGGUCGAGUGCGGACUCGGCGAGGAUGCGGUUUCCUUGACUGCCCACCACGACACAUCUGUCCUGUCGGCUUUGCGCGCCGAAAGACUCCUGAGGCAGUUCGCCCGAGUUGUCGAGCAGCUGAUCCGCCUUCGGCGUGGUGGCGCCGCUAGCAUCACCGUCGGCGACAUCGACGUCUUGUCCAGCAAGGAUCGACAGGACUUGCGAGAGUGGAACAAAAAUUGCCCUCCCUGGACGGAUGCCUGCAUGCACGAGCUCAUCGGGCGUCACACUCUCGCCAACCCCGAAUUCCCUGCCGUCGAAUCCCGCGAGGUCACCUUGUCGUACCGACAACUGGAUGACCUCGCCACGCACGUAGCUCAUCGGCUUUGCGAACUGGGGGCCGCACCAGAGAAAAUCAUUCCGAUAAGCAUGGAAAAGUCCGUCAACGCUGUCGUGUCCAUGCUCGCUGUGCUCAAGGCCGGCGCUGCCUUUGUCCCCAUCAACCCAGACGACCCAGCAGACCGCCGGGCAAAUCUUGUGGAACAAGUCCAGGCGGAAAUCAUCAUGGUGUCACCUGGCACCAAAGACCGCUACGCAGGCUUUGACAAGCUCAAGGUGGUGACGCUGUCUCCGGAUGUUGCCGAAUGGGGGCCCCUCAACACUUCACCGCUGCCUCCAGGUAACGUAAAGCCUUCAAACCUUGCCUACGUCUUGUUUACGUCUGGCAGCACUGGACGCCCCAAGGCCGUCAUGAUUGAGCAUCGCUCCGUAUGCGCCAGCGCGACCGGCCACGGCGCCGCAAUGGGCUUUGCGGAUUUCCCUCGGCGUGUACUGCAAUUUUCGACCUACACUUUUGACGCCUCCAUCCUUGAGAUCUUCACGACGCUUCGUCAUGGCGGAACCAUCUGCGUGCCUAGCGACCAGGAGCGCAUGGACGACCUCUCCAGCUUCAUCCGCGACCUUGGCUGCGACUGGGCGUUUUUCACUCCGACCUUUGCACGGCUGCUCAAGCCCGAGAGCAUCCCGUCGAUGAAGACGUUGGUCCUCGGAGGAGAGGCCUUGACUCCAGAGAGCGUCGAGACGUGGGCGGACAAGUUGAGGCUGAUGAACGGCUACGGCCCCACCGAGACGUGCGUCUUUUGCACCUGCCGCGACGUCUCCAAGGGCGACAAGGCCGACAAGAUCGGACACAUGGUCAGCUCCGUCGGCUGGGUCGUCGACCCGCUGGACCACGGCCGUCUGGUGCCCAUCGGCUGUGCCGGUGAGCUGCUGGUCCAAGGGCCCGGGCUGGCCAGGGGCUACCUGGGCCAGCCCGACAGGACCAGAGAGGUCUUUGUGCCCGCCCCGGCCUGGCUGAGGGACUUUGGCUACUCCACCGAGCAGGUGCUGUACAAGACGGGCGACCUCGUCCGUCAGGACCUCGCCGACGGGUCUCUGCUGUAUCUGGGCCGCAAGGACACCCAGACCAAGGUGAACGGACAAAGGCUUGAGUUGGGCGAAAUCGAGGCCGUGCUCAAUCGUAAAAAUGCCGCCGCCGUAGAGCAGGUUGUCGUUGUUGCCGGCAAGACGGUCAUUGACAAGAACAAGCAGGUUCUUGUCGCGUUUGUCGAGUUUGUGUCCAAUAGGAGCAGUCAUGAUGAUGGCGACAUGCUACUCGAGCUGGAUGAUGAUUCCAGAUCCAAAAUGAAAGACCUGCAAGAUCUGGCGCGGGCCAGUCUGCCAAAAUACAUGGCAACUCAAAGUCUUGGCCGCGAUGCCGCCUCGCUCGGCAUGGACGACAACUUCCUGGCCCUUGGAGGCGACUCCAUCACGGCCAUCCAGCUCACCGGGGCUGCACGGGCUGCCGGCAUCGUACUCACCCAUGAGGACGUCUUCCGCCACCCCCGUCUUGCCGACAUGGCAAAGGUGGCCAGGUUCACAUGUGAAUCGGCGGAAGACACCAAAGACGUCAAGCCCUUUUCGUUGAUUCCCGAGCACAAGAGGGAAGCGGUGCUCGCGGCGCUCGAGACGACGUACCGCAUCCCUCGCAGCACGGUCGCAGACGUCCUGCCUUGCGCGCCGCUCCAGCCUGGCCUCAUCGCGCUGACGGUCAAGGACUCGCAGGCCUACGUGCUCCGUGAGGUCUACCGUCUCCCGGCCAAGCUGGAUGUUGAGAGAUUCAAGCAGUCUUGGGAGGCCGUUGCUCGCGACGCAAGCAUCCUCCGCACCACCAUAGUCAACAUGGACGAGCUCGGCGGCUUUUUCCAGGUCGUCAGGGGCGCCGCCGACGGCCACGUCAUCGAGUGGCGUUCUGGGAAGAGCGUCAAGGGAUACAUUGACGAAGACAAACGGCUGCCUUUCCAGCUGGGCACGCCGUUUUCGCGACUGGCCAUUGUCGACACGCCCUUCACCGGCAGCUACUUCAUCUGGUCCAUCCACCACUCGACGUACGACGGGUGGUCCAAGAGCCUCAUCCUCCGCCGCGUGCAGGCCGCGUACGAGUCGUCGUCGCCUCGACCCGUCAUAGAGCCCACGCCACCGUACAGCCGAUUCAUUGCCCACCUUCAGGAGACGGACCCUGAAGAAUGCAGGGCCUUUUGGCAGGGCCAGUUCAGGGGCAUCGCGGCGCCCGCGUGGCCUCCGUUUCCCAGCCAGCAGUUCGACCCGCUCCUCGACGGCGAGGUGGCCAUCUCCUUGCCGUUCGAGCGCCCUCCCGGGUCGCGCUUCACCACCUCCACCAUCAUCAAGGCCGCGUGGGCUCUCGUGCAGGGCUGCCACAGCGGAUCGCCGGACGAUGUGCUGUUUGGCGUCAUCCAGAGCGGCCGCGACACGCCGGUCGAGGGCAUAACCGAGAUGGUCGGGCCCACCAUCACGACGGUGCCGCUUCGAAUCGCCUUUGACAGGGCCGCCACGACGGUGCCGCAGUUGCUCGGGAUGAUACAGGACCAGACCACCGACAUGAUCAAGUUUGAACACGCCGGCCUCCAAAACAUCCAGCGCAUGGGCAGGGAGUGCCGCGAGGCCUGCGGGUUUGCGUGCGUCAUGGUCAUACAGCCGCCGGACGUGCACCAAGAGGCUUCGUUCCUCGGGGCGCAGAAGCUGUCGGACGAGGAAAAGGAGACGCUGCGGUUCGGCAUGGGCAUCCAGGUCCGCGUUCGCAGGGACAAGCAGCUGGACGUCUUGGGCAACUUUGACCACAGAAUCACCCCCGAGGCCGUCAUGCGCCGGAUCCUCUACCAGUUCAAGCACGCGGUGGAGCAGGUCAUGGCAAGCGCCGCCGAGGGCACCAUGACCGUCGUUGCGGAUAUUGAUCUUUUCAGUCCGUACGACAGAGACCAAGUCGUUGCUUGGAACCACCCGACCGAGUUUACCCCCGUGGAUCUGGAGGGCAACCUCGCCGGCGGACUCACGCACGAGCUGUUUCACCGCACGGCGACGGCCAGCGAAGCGAGGGAGAAGAUGAUGGCCGUCAACGCGUGGGAUGUCGAUUUCCGCUACGGCGACCUCGACCGCAUCACCACCAAGCUGGCUCACCACCUGCAGAAAGCCUUGGGCGUCGGGCCCGAGGUCAUUGUGCCCCUGUGCUUUGAGAAGUCGGGCUGGGCCAUAGUCGCGCUCUUGGCGGUCAUCAAGGCCGGCGGUGCGGUGGUGUUCCUUGAUCCCUCGUACCCGAUGGCUCGCCUGAACGAGAUUCUCAACCAGGUCGAGACCAACGUCAUCCUCUGCUCCCUCGCCCAGGUUUCUCUCUGGCGGUCGUCUGGUCUGUCGGUCCAGGUGGUCGACAACGUUUCCAUCGCGGCCUUGGCAGACGCCGGCCCCGAGCUCCCGGUCACCGGCGCCACCUUGUCCAGUGCCCUCUACGUCAUCUUUACUUCUGGUUCCACCGGCGUCCCAAAGGGCUGCGUCGUCGAGCACCGGGCCUUCCUGUACUCUUGUCAAGCGCAGGCUCGCGCCCUCGGGAUCCGCCCCGAGGAUCGAGUGCUGCAGGGCUGCCCGUACAGCUUCGACGUGAGCGUCAUGGAGAUCAUGACCACGCUGCUGCACGGCGCCUGCGUCUGCGUGCCCAACGAGCGGGCCAAGAACCGCAGCAUGGUCGAGGUGAUCAACGACUUCCACAUCAACUGGAGCUUCCUGACCCCCUCGGUCGUCAAGUUCAUCGAGCCCGCCGACGUGCCGACCUUGGAGACCCUCGUCCUCGGAGGCGAGGCCAUGACCCGCCAAAACGUCCAGAUCUGGGCCGACAAGGUCCGCCUCAUCAACGGCUAUGGCCCGACCGAGUGUGCCAUCUCUGCGGCCGUCAACAGCGACAUCACGUUGGAGACGGACCCGGCUAAUAUCGGCAGGGCCGUCGGCGGUAUUUGCUGGAUUGUGGAUGCAGAAAAUCAUGACAGGCUGGCUCCUGUUGGAACUGUGGGAGAGGGCCAGCUGGUUGCCCUGGUUUCCCUCAAGAAGCUUGGUGCUGAAACCAACCGGGAUGGCAUCGUCGAGAUCGUCGACGGUGACGAGACCUCCAUGGCGGCAGCAAUCACGUCGGACGCAACCACUCACCUGUCGUCCCUUGUGCCGGGCUACAUGAUCCCCAACCUUUGGAUUCCAGUCAAGAGCUUCCCGCUGCUGCCCUCUGAGAAGCUCAACCGGAAAUGUCUUGGCCAGUGGCUCAAUGGCAUGUCGGACGAACUGCACAGGCGCGUAUGCGGUAUUUCUACGGCAAGCACUGACGGCAGCCCGGCUUCUCAACUCGUCCAAGUAGUCGAGCCGUCCACCGAGGCGGAGAAGAGCAUCCACCAGGUCUGGUGCGACGUUCUCAACCUGCAGGCCGAAGAGGUGGGCGUCACGCAGGACUUUGUCACCCUCGGCGGCGACUCCAUCCUCGCCAUGGCCAUGGCCUCCAAGCUGAGAAAGGCAGGCUUCCAAGUCUCGGUGACGGAUCUUCUCAUGACGCGCACCAUCGCGAAGCUCGCCGCUCGUAUUGGUCACACUGCCAAGAGCCCCAAGGACAAGAGCAUGCGCCAUCAUCUCGGCCUGCGCCUCGUCACCUUAGCUGGGGAGUCGGACUUUGAAAAUGACAACGACACGGGCUACGAGUCGGACAACAGCGAUGCUACCACGGCAGCCACUUCCAUCUCGGCUGCGAGCCCCGCCCGUUCAAAGGACGCUCGACCCGUCCAAACCCAGCAGCCCACCGAGCUCUUUGAUCUCACUCCGAUGCAGCAGUACUAUGCAGGUCUCGCGCUUGGCGACGACGAGCUGUCGCGGCAGACGGACGCCAGGUUCAACCACAGCUUCUGCAUCAAGCUCAAGCGUCCCAUCAACCCUGCCGUCUUGUCUGGUGCGUACUCGGAGCUCAUCAGCCGUCACAUGAUGCUUCGUGUGCGUCUGCAGCGAUGCGACAAGGAAACGGCAGCCUGUGGUUUCCGCCAGUUCAUAUCGCCCGACGUCAAAAAGUCUUUCCGUCUGCGCGAGUGGAGCAACGUCGCGUCGGUGGACGACGUCAAGGACCGCCUGGAGGACGCCCGCAUCACGCUGGACCUCGAACACGGCCCCAUCAGCUCGCUCGAUCUCGUCAGCACGACCGCUGGGGAUUCGUUCCUUUAUCUCGUUGCGCACCAUCUCGUGGUUGACCUCAUAUCGUGGAACUCGAUCCUCCGAGACUUUGACCAUCUGCUCUGCAAGGGCGCCUUCGGCCACGAGGAGCCGAGUCCGUUCCCGCUGUGGGCGCAAAAGCAGGCCGAGUAUGCGCGUCUUCACCUCGAUCCCAAGGCCACGCUUCCCGAGCCCAUUCCUCCUGCCGACUUUGAAUUCUGGGGCAUGGCCGACGCCGACGGCAGUCUCGUUCCCAACCUCGCCCGGGACUCGAUCCACCACACCAUCUGCCUCCCCGAGGCCGCCACGUCUGUGCUCCUGCGCGAGAGCCACGUGAGGUACAAGGCCGAGCCGAUGGACGUGCUCGUCUCGGCGCUCACGCGGUCCUUCUUCCUCGUCUACGGGCAGAUGCGCGAAUCGCCCCCGGCCAUGUUCCGGUUCGGGCACGGCCGCGAGGACGUCGAGGGUCUGCCGGACGUCUCGUCGACGGUCGGUUGGUUCUCGACGCUGUCGCCCAUGCACGUGCCCGUCGGGCUGGGCGGAGACUGCACGGGCCCCGGCGUGCUCGCCCGGACGGUGGAGCUGCGGCAGCGCACGCCGCACAACGGCUGGGCGUACUUUGCGUCGCGCUACCACCACCCCGACGGCGGCGCCGUCUUUGCGGGCCACGAGCGCAUGGAGGUGGCCGUCAACUACCUCGGCGUCAUGGACCGGCAGGUGCGCGGCCUCGACUCGGCCGUCUUUGACCUCUCGCGCAUGGUCGACGCCGGCCUGGGCGCCCGCGGCCAGGACGUCAAGUGCAUGAGCCUGUUUGACGUCACGGCCGAGGUCCGCGCCGGCUGCCUCGUGGUCGACCUGGAGUGGAACCGCCGCAUCAGGGGACAGGCCCAGGUCAAGGCCUGGUGGAGGGAGUUGGAGGCCUGUCUCAAGGAGCUGGCGUCCACGGGCUCGCCUUAUGUCAGGAGCAGCAGCGGCGGCGGCGGCGGCGGCGGUGGCGAGUGGGGCGUCAUGCCCAGCGUCGGGAGGAGAGACUCGCUGUCCAGGGAGCAGAGGCGGAUGCGGUCGUUGUCGCGGCAGAGGUCUCGUCAGAGCUCAAUCGUUUAG